AUGUACUGUGCCAGCGACGCAACGCUCGCCGCGAACGGGAUGCGCAAGGCUAAUAUUUGGGGGGGUAGGGACUCCGGAACGAGGAUGUGGAACGCGCCCAAUGAUGACAUUAAUAAAGUUCUCGAGUCGAAUAUCGCCACGUAUGGGGAGAAGCCGUGUCCAUGGGUUGUCAGAUUUUCGUAA